AUGCAUGGAUUUUUUACCAGCAAUUCUUCAUAUAAACUUUCAUUAGCAAUUGGAGAUGCAAAUUUUAUUAUUCGGAAUAAAAUGUGGCCACAGGUAAGGCCUGUCGUGAUUGCCCAAAAAACUCCUAUGCUAUAUGUCAUUAUUGCAAGCAUGAGUAGAUAUGAUAAAGUAACCCAUAGAAAAAAUAAACUCACAUUUCCUAAAUUAAGCAAUAUUGUAGUGUAA